GCUAUCAGUAAUUUAAGAUCCUUAUACGAAGCUUUUAAACCAUCUUUAACAAAAUUUUUAAAAAUCUCUAAUGAGGAAUUUGAUAAGAUGGUUAAAGUUUCUGAAAAAGAAUUAUUUGAAUUUGAUUCUUAUUACUAUUUUACUCGUGUUUAUGCAAGAAAAUCGGUUGAAAUUAAUGAAAAACCUCAAUUAGUAUUUGAAAAUGAAUCGAAACCUAAUAGUGAUAAUGAAAAAGAACUUAGAUAUACUUAA